AAGAAAAGUUUGUGUAAACCGACUGGAUUUGAUCCAAGCCCUAGUUUCCUCCUCCGUCGCUGAGGAUCAGAGAGAGAGAGAGAGUGAAAAUGGUGUUCAUCACAUCUCCGAACCACAGAACCCUAAACCUGAAUCUCAACCCAAAAAGCACCACCCUCGAAACCCUCAAGCUUCAAAUCCAGCAAAACUCCCACAUCCCCAUCUCCCAGCAGCGCCUCUUCAUCUCCCAAAGCCUCCAAAUCCUAACCCAAACCGACUCCACCCUCCUCUCCGACCUCGGCAUCACCCCCCUCUCUACCCUAACCCUCCACAUCCCCUUAUUCGGCGGCACCCAACCCCCCGCCGUCCCCAAACCCCGCCUCGACUUCCUCAACUCCAAGCCUCCCGCCAAUUAUGUCGCCGGCCUCGGCCGUGGCGCCACCGGAUUCACCACGCGGUCCGAUAUCGGGCCGGCCCGCGCCGCUCCCGACUUGCCCGAUCGGUCGGCGACGACCAUCGGCGGGGCUGCCGGGGCGGCUCCGCCUGGGGUGGGCCGCGGGCGCGGGAAGCCGGAGGAAGAGGAGGAAGACGACGGCGAGGAGAAGGGUUACGAUGAGAAUCAGAAAUUCGAUGAGUUCGAAGGAAACGACGUCGGUUUGUUCGCGUCGGCGGAGUACGACGACGAGGAUAAGGAGGCCGAUGCGGUGUGGGAAGCCAUUGAGCAGAGAAUGGACUCGAGGAGAAAGGAUAGGAGAGAAGCAAGGUUGAAACAAGAGAUUGAGAAGUACAGAGCUUCGAAUCCGAAAAUCACAGAGCAGUUUGCGAAUCUGAAGAGGCAGCUGUAUACAGUUUCGGCUGAGGAAUGGGAUCGCAUACCGGACAUUGGGGAUUACUCAGCCAGGAAUAAGAAGAGGAAGUUUGAGAGCUUUGUGCCGGUGCCGGAUACUCUUUUCGAGAAGGCUAGGCAGGAACAGGAGCAUGUUACUGCAUUGGACCCCAAGAGUAGGGCGGCCACCGGUACAGAGACGCCGUGGUCGCAAACGCCGGUUACGGAUUUGACUGCAGUGGGGGAUGGUAGGAGUACUGUGUUGUCUUUGAAGUUAGAUAGGCUUUCGGAUUCUGUUUCUGGGUUGACAGUUGUGGACCCUAAGGGUUAUCUCACUGAUCUUAAGAGUAUGAAGAUUACCAGUGAUGCGGAGAUUUCGGAUAUAAAGAAGGCUAGAUUGUUGUUAAAGAGUGUGACGCAGACUAAUCCGAAGCAUCCACCGGGUUGGAUUGCGGCUGCGAGGUUGGAGGAAGUGGCGGGGAAGAUUCAGGCAGCAAGGCAAUUGAUCCAGAAAGGGUGUGAGGAAUGUCCCAAGAGUGAGGAUGUGUGGUUGGAGGCAUGUAGGCUUGCCAGUCCUGACGGAGCCAAGGCUGUGAUUGCUGCUGGAGUCAAGUCUAUACCAAAUUCAGUCAAGCUGUGGAUGCAGGCGGCGAAAUUGGAGCAUGAUGACUCGAAUAAGAGUAGGGUGUUGAGGAAAGGGUUGGAACACAUUCCUGAUUCUGUUAGGCUGUGGAAGGCGGUGGUGGAGCUGGCAAAUGAGGAGGAUGCCAGACUUUUGCUUCAGAGGGCUGUGGAGUGUUGUCCCUUGCACAUUGAGUUGUGGCUUGCACUAGCGAGAUUGGAAACUUAUGAAAAUGCCAGGAAGGUCCUUAACAAGGCCCGCGAGAAGCUUUCGAAGGAGCCUGCCAUUUGGAUUACUGCAGCAAAGUUGGAAGAAGCUAAUGGGAAUACAUCAACAGUUGGGAAGAUUAUUGAAAGGGGUAUAAGGGCUUUGCAAAGAGAGGGGUUGGUGAUUGAUAGAGAAGCAUGGAUGAAGGAGGCUGAAGCUGCCGAGCGUGCAGGGUCUGUGGCAACUUGCCAAGCCAUUAUUCGGAACACAAUUGGGAUUGGUGUGGAGGAAGAAGAUAGGAAGAGGACAUGGGUUGCUGAUGCAGAGGAGUGCAAAAAACGUGGUUCCAUUGAAACAGCCAGAGCUAUCUAUGCGCAUGCACUCACUGUCUUCUUGACUAAGAAGAGCAUAUGGCUUAAAGCAGCACAGCUUGAAAAGAGCCAUGGGACAAGGGAAUCUCUUGAUGCCCUGCUUCGGAAAGCAGUUACCUACCGACCACAGGCUGAAGUCUUAUGGCUUAUGGGUGCUAAGGAGAAGUGGCUUGCUGGGGACGUCCCUGCUGCCCGUGCAAUCCUCCAAGAAGCUUAUGCUGCCAUUCCGAAUUCUGAAGAAAUUUGGCUUGCUGCGUUUAAGCUUGAAUUUGAGAAUCAUGAACCUGAGAGAGCUAGGAUGCUUCUUGCCAAAGCCCGAGAAAGGGGAGGAACAGAGAGAGUAUGGAUGAAAUCAGCAAUCGUUGAAAGAGAAUUAGGGAACCUCGAUGAGGAGAGGAAGUUGCUUGCUGAAGGAUUGAAGCGCUUCCCUUCGUUCUUUAAAUUGUGGUUGAUGCUUGGACAGCUAGAGGAACGGCUUAACCAUUUGGAAAAAGCCAAGGAGGCUUAUGACUCGGGUCUUAAGCACUGCUCCAAUUCUAUACCCCUCUGGCUUUCUCUUGCAAAUCUUGAAGAGAAGAUGAAUGGGCUGAGUAAAGCUCGUGCAGUUCUUACGAUGGCCAGGAAGAAAAAUUCUCAGAACCCUGAACUGUGGCUUGCUGCUGUUCGAGCUGAAUUGAGGCAUGGUAAUAAGAGGGAAGCUGAUAUUUUGAUGGCAAAGGCCUUGCAGGAGUGUUCCAAUAGUGGUAUCUUGUGGGCAGCUUCUAUUGAGAUGGUACCCCGUCCCCAAAGGAAGACCAAAAGUAUGGAUGCUCUCAAGAAAUGUGAUCAUGAUCCCCAUGUCAUUGCUGCUGUGGCCAAGUUAUUCUGGCUCGACAGGAAGGUUGACAAGGCUAGGACUUGGCUCAACAGGGCAGUGACACUUGCCCCAGAUAUUGGAGAUUUCUGGGCUUUAUACUACAAAUUUGAACUUCAGAAUGGGACUGACGAGAACCAGAAGGAUGUACUGAAAAGAUGCAUUGCUGCAGAACCAAAGCAUGGUGAAAAAUGGCAACCUAUUUCGAAGGCAGUGGAGAACUCUCACCAACCAACUGAAGCUAUCUUGAAGAAGGCGGUUGUUGUCCUUGGCAAGGAAGAGAGUGCAGCUGAAAAUAAUAGACAGUAGGUCUGGCUUGUCUUUUCCAGGCUGUGCAUAUUGAAGGGGGAGAGGUUUGAAGUGGAAGCAAAGAAAAGAGGUCAAUACUAUUAGGAUAAAUUCUCUUUGGAAACUAAAGAUUGUUAUAGUGGUUAGAGUGAAGGUUCAGCUUAGUAACCGUCAAGUUAGGACAAAAGAGGCUAAAGUUCUAGACUGUGUUGUCGUCUAAGGCUGCAGUUUUGUAUAACAGGUUUGUGGUCAAAUGGUUUGGAGUGGUGAUCAAGUAUUUUCUGAGUUUAUGUUGUGUGGAUACUUUUCACGAAGUGAAGAGCAAACGUGAAAGAAGAAAAGAAAACAAAGCUUUGACUAUGGAAUUGUUGGCUGUGGCAUAUUCGUCCCUUGCAGCCAAAACGGAGGAAAUUAUAUAUAGGUUGGUCUUGCUGGAAUUUUCAGCCACACAGAAGUAUUCUCUUGCAUCUAAUUCAACUUGCAAUGUGGAAGAGGCUGGUGAUCUGUAAGGCAGAAAUGGAGGAAUGUAUAGAUUUGAUAAUGGAAGAAUUAGAGAGAGAAAUAUAACUAAUGCAUGCACCCUUAUCAGUGAAGUUGAUCCCAUAUUAGCAUCCUUAUCUGGAGGAGCAAUUGGAGUGAUGUUAGCACUGACGGUGGUUGAGAAGUAUGGAGCGAGUUGAUAUCCGAUAUUGAAUUUCUUUUUUCCAAAGGGCAACAAGGAUGGUGAAGAGUAUGGUGGAGGCUAAGACUUAAAAGAUUUCGUAAAUUUCAUCAAUGAGAAAUGUGGUCCUAGCAGAGAUGCGAAAGGACAACUUACUUCCAAAGUUAGUACCAUUUUAAACCAAUGAACAAUAGAAAACAUCUUUUUCCA